AUGACCGCAAAUUUCUUCCACGAUGCGCCCCACUGGGGGAUGGCAAGUUCCCAGAAUACACAUACUGGAGAGCCGGUAUCAAGCAUGAGGACCGAAGUUUUUGACCAGAUUUCAUUCCUGGCAGCGAAUUUUCCUCUGGUCACCAAUGGCGACUUUGAUCCAUGGACCAUGCAGCAUUUUGGCUGGAAUGGUGACAUUGACCUUGUCCCAAUGUCAAAACACAUUACAGAGGAAUGGAAUCCGGCCGACGUUGGCAUGGAAUUCAAGAAAGAGGAAAAAAUUGGGCUCGCGAUUGGCGCGUAUGCACAAACAGACCUUGGCAACUCGAUACCACAGUGGGAUAGUUCAAGAGACAACAUGUCACAACUAGCGACCGAGCGGGCCUUGUUCAUGACUCCCUCCGCUUACCCGCCAUCUUUCUCGACAUUUCCCGGAUCUCCGAUAUCCGAUCUGUCCAGCACCCCCGAUAUGAGCCAUGCCGCGGGCUUGUGGGAGACGGAAUAUGACAGAGCAUCUCUCCCUGCGACCACCGAGACCUAUGUACAAGCUUUGGAGAGUGAGAGUCAGGGCACAGCCCCUGAUCAUUUCAUUAGAGAAGAUGAGGAUGGCUAUCCUACAACUUUGGAAAUGCCGGACGGUAGCACUCGCAGGACCUCGAAUUGGCUGCCGGUAGACCCUCAGGCCGGUUUUACCAUAAAUUCCCAUGCUAUUGCAAGCUAUACGCAACUCGAAUGCAUGGAAGACUUUCAGAAUGCUUUCAUAUCACCAAAGACUGCUGGAUGGACAUACGACAGAUGA